AUGACCACCUGUAGCAUGCCCCUGUCGAUUAAAGAUAACAUUAUUCCCUUCAGCACUACAUUAAACAGCAACUACUCAAUACAUGAUUCAUUUGCCUCAUUCGACUCGUCAACAUCAUCAUCAACGCCAGCAACUGCCACCAGAAUAAUACACAAUGGCGACCAAGAAACUCGAAUCAAACAGCUCCACAAUCAAGUCGAGCAGCUGUCUCUAUCCAAUGCUCGGCUGGUAAGAGCGAAUCGUAUCCUAAAACUUGAUUGCGAUCGCAUUGUGGAAGAACAGACGACACACUUGAAGCAGGCUUUAAAGUUGUCAGUGGAGCAAAACAUUCGGUUGCAACGAGCGAAUCGACUAUUGAGAGAUGAUUAUCUUAGCCAAACAGAAGAAUUGAAUAACAUCAAGAUGGAGCAAAUUCGGAAAAUGACAAAUGUUGGCCCUGAAUAUGAAUACUUGGUUCAAGUCAUCAACUUGCUGUAUCGACAGCUCGCUGGAAAAUCCGAUUGCGAAACAACAUGCUGUUUUACAGAGAAACCACUUCACUCCAGCAGCUCUUUAAUUGUAUCACCACAGAAACAACAAGACAAUGAUGAGAUGAAGCAUAUAUGCAGGCCCGAAAUUAAAUCACACAAUAUACCAGCAGGAGGCUUGGCCUCCGCACUAGAGCAAGAGAAUAAUCAACUAAGGGAUGGCAUGGACAUUUUGAUAGAUGACAGAGAUGCACUCUAUCAGCUAUUAAAAGACAAGGAAGAGGACAAUGAAACAUUAAAGUAUGAGCUGAAAGUAAAGGACGAUAUUGUCAAGCAACUGGAAAAUGACUUUGAGAAAAUGGAAUUGGAAGUAAAUGAUUUGCAAAAGGACUAUCACUACAGAACUUCCAACAGAAAUACCAAAAGUAAUGCUAUGCGAUCACCGGAUAGCUCUUUUUCAGAUCUGCAUUCAUUCCCAUCUGUACCAACGUAA